GUGGAAAAUCUUAUCAUUGAAUAUUACUUGCUAUUAUUUCAUUUAUUGAUCUAUUAUUAUCAGAAUUCAAAUAGACGUGAAUAACCGAAUGAAUAGACUUGAGAUACAUAAUUGAGUACUCUCGGUGAGCACAUCUCAAUUUUUAUUUAGUAAGAUGAAUGCCGACAGUGAUAACUCGGAGAAAACUCUACUUUCUAUCGCAAAUAUUAGAGCCCUUUUGACUCCAAAAGAUGUUGAAACUAUUCUACAUGAUCACUACGGACUCGAAGCUAUUAAAAUCAAAGAAUUGAAUGGUUAUGACGAUAAAAAUUUCUUGAUUAAAGUAGGAGAAUCAAAACAAAAUGAUUUUAUUCAUACUAUCUGUGAAAAUGGAUAUGUCUUCAAAGUGAUCAAUUCGUUGGAUUCUAAAGACACCAACUUUAUUAAGGCGCAGAAUGCAGUCCUAGUCCAUUUGGCGGAGAAGAAAGUUUGCUGCCCAAUUCCUACAAAAACCAAAAAGGGUGACUAUUUUCUUCUGGAAAGUUUAGGGAGUGGAAUACAUAUUAUAAGGCUAUUGGAGUUCAUACCUGGUAAAAUUUUGAUAGAAACUGAAAUAACUCCUCUUUUGUGUUACGAAUCUGGGUCGGCUGUGGCAGACCUACAUGAUAAAUUGAAGGGUUUCUACCAUGAAGGAUUCAAGGAUCGCAAUACCCCAUGGAUGUUAGCCAAUGUUGCACAACUCAAGGACUUUCUUUUCGCAGUGAAAGACGAAAAAAGAAAAAAACUCGUAACAAGCAUUAUUGAAGCGUUCACAGCUGAGGUUCUUCCGAAAUCGGACAAGUUUGAGAGAGGAAUAAUCCACGGAGAUGUGAACGAGCAGAAUAUACUGGUCGAACAACGUGAUGGACAUUGGCACGUGAAAGGAAUUUUGGAUUUUGGCGACAGUCAUGAGGGAUGUUUACUUUACGACGUUGCAGUAACGAUGACUUAUCUUAUAAUUGAAGCUAGAAAUAUCGACUAUGGGGGAUAUGUCUUAAGAGGAUAUAAUGAUGUGAGGAAACUGUCACACGAGGAAUUAAAACUUCUCAAGAUCUGUAUAUGUGCCAGGUUCUGCCAGUCCUUGGUUAUGGGAGCUUUUACUAUCAGCCGAGAUCCUAACAACACUUAUGUAAUGCGAACAUCUAUUGCUGGAUGGUCAAUUUUAGAGGAAUUAUGGAACCUACCUGAUCAUGAAAUCCUCGAAAGAUGGAUGAAAAUUGGUGAAAAUUUCGAACGCUCUAGGAUUUGACCAAUGCGACAAUAAGAUUGACAAGAACAACUCAUUCGGUAUAUAAAGAGGGUAUUAUUUAAGAUUAGUGUUUUGUUUUAACAGAAGUAAGGUUUGGACAAAAUAAUCGGUUUCACCAAAGAUUACCAAUACAAAACUUUCUAUAAUAGAUUUAAGUUCAAAGAAUCAUCGAUGAAAUAGAAUGUUAUUCUGUGUAUAGGUGUGAUUAUGGGUAAAAUGCUUCUUUUAAUGAGUUGUAUUUCUAUCAAAAAAGGAGAAUCACAUUUUCUGAACAUCCUAAUACACAGGGUGAGUAUUUGGCUCUUACAAAUAUUUCAAUAUAUAGAAGAUUCUUGAGGUCAAAAGAAACACUU